AUGCAACGUGUUAAGAAUGGGAAAUGUUGUGGAAAGAAUGGUUACGAGCACUUGAACACUGUUUCCUCUACUACCUAUCGUCCUAUACGAUCAUCCGUAACACCUUCACUUACUUCGGCCCAAGAACGCGAGAGACGUCUUAUGCAUGUUUUAGCAGCACGACGCAGCGCCCUACAGCGACCGGGAUUUCGUAAUCGUAUUGGCACCACUGGACGUACAGCAACAGCUGUUGAAACGACCUCAAAAUCACCCACCGAUCCACGAUCAAUUUGCAUUCGAAAUUGUACGAAAAAUUUUACAAGACGAACCACAGCCAGCUGUAUGAGACAAUGUGCUAACUUCUCAAGAGUAGCUUCGAAUAUACCAGGAUCCUCGACAGUGGUGGUAAAAAAUUCCUCAAAAUCUGGAACGGGAACGGCUCAAGCGGGGGAAAGGGAUACCAAUGAAAUCUUAUUUACCGAUGAGUCGUCACAUGGCCUCUUGGUCAUAGCGAAGGAACAAAAUGAUACCUUGAAUCAUAUACCAGAUGAAAAUAAAGGUGGUACAGUGUCCAAACUGAGGGGAAGACGUAAGCCGCAAGCCCAAAUAGGUACAGUAACUUUGGCCACCACCUCCAUAGAAGACGAUGAAAUACAACCAUAUUUGUAUUUCGGACAAAAGUUGCCACCUUUAAAACCCAAUUCCUUAACCAUUACCGCGGUAAGUGAUGAUCAUCCGAAAUUAUUGGAGGUAUCUGUCGCAGAUGUGGAACCAUCCUCAACCACUCCAGUUAGUUUAACUUCGGCCUCUACUCUGUCGGCGGUAGAAAGAAGUCGUGCUCGCUUUAAAUACAACAUGAGAAAUGGUGUCAGUUUUAAUCGUAGAUAUAACAACAUAAAUAGAUCUACUACGCCGGAAGUACCUACAGAACCCAGAACUACUACUUUGAGAAUAGUAGCUGAAGUGGUGAAGGAACCUAAAAUUAAGAUAGCCUCAUUUUUGGAAAAGAUACGUGAUUCUACAUCACCUAAACCUUUUACAGAAGCUUUGAGGGAUGAACAGUUAUUUUCACCAUCAACACCUUUGAUAAUAACAGUAUUAAGUGAUGAGGAUAUGGUAACACCCACGACGGACUCUGGAGUGAUAUUUACCACAAAACAGGAGUCAACGAAAGUAGCUACCACUUUACCUACAACAACUGCCACACAACCAACAACAACCACUAGCACUACAACGACUACCACAACUACAAGAAAGCCAACAACCUCUACAACAACUACCACAGCGGCACCUACAACCACAACAGCUGCUACUACAACAACUACUAGCACCACUACAGCAGCCACUACCACAACGACUACGCCAACUACGACAACAACCACGACCACACCAAUUCCCGAAGCUUAUCAGCAGCCUCCAUCUACAACUACAGUUAAAACCACUACUCCUACAACUACUAGUACCAGCACUACAACAACCACUACCAUGUCACCACCACCACCUCCUACUCCUGUUGACAUCACUACAUACAAACCUUUACUUAGCGAUGAAGACGCCGAAGUUUUAAGGCAAUUGGGUCCCAGUCUAACACAACCCAUUAAUACAGACGACAGAACGAAUCUUAUAAUAUUUGUUAAUCGGACCACAGACACCUACCGACCUUAUCCCAAUCGCUUCAGUACCACAACAACUCCAAACCCUUAUCAAUCUAUAAUACCAGCCUAUUCACCUCAAGCAGCGACCACCGAUUCAUCGACAACUAUUCUACAUACAACCAUCUUAACAUCGAUAAGAUCAACAGUAAAUACACGUAAAGAAAUUAAUAAUUUCCAUACCACCACCCCACUGCCAACGGCUAGUUUACAAAAGGGACCUUUGUUAAAUAAUGAAAUGACACCCUCCUCUACCACCCUACAACCGGUGAUAACAGGCGAAAUAAGCUCGACGGUGGUGACCGAUGAUCAAGAGAUUUCUUUGGAAAUGCAACGUAUGAAUGUUGUUACCAUGGUUUUGGCAGGUAUAGGUAUAGUUCCACUAUUAGCCAUUAUUUUAUAUCUAUUACGCAACUAUUUGCUAAAACGGCCCAUUAAAGAUGAUGAAGAUUUUGAUGUUUGCAUCACGGAUCAACAGCCUAUAAGUCCAGUGAAAAAAAUCGAUUCAAAAUAUCAAGAAGAGGAUGAAGAUGAGGUGGAUCAUCAUAAAAAACUACCGCAAAGACAACAUAGCCUACACAGUAAAUUGGUAUCGGCUCCUAUGGCACGUGAUAACAAUCAUAAUGUGACCUUAAGUCAGCAGCAGCGUUAUGAUGAUAAAAGUUCGGUGUCCAGUGAUCAAGAGUUCGAACGCACUAAUAUACGUUUAAAGAGCUUGCUGGGAGAGGGAAAUUUUGGUCAGGUUUGGAAAGCGGAAGCUGACGAUUUAAGUGGUCAUUUUGGCGCUACACGUAUAGUGGCGGUUAAGACCAUUAAAGCUUGCAGCACCCAAUUGAGUCUUAAAGAUGAAGCACAUAUUAUGCGUAAAUUGGGUUCUCAUCAAAAUGUGGUUACUUUACUGGGAGCUUGUGUGGAUUCGGAACCUCAUAUGCUGAUUAUGGAAUAUGCUAUGCGUGGGCGUUUAUUAUCUUUGCUAAGGGCAGCUCGCAAUGCUACCAAUAUUUUACCGGCCUCUGUCCCAGGUGGCAGAAGUCUUACACCUUUGUCUCCUCGUACUUUGGCUGGUUUUUGUUUGGAUAUAGCUCGUGGCAUGGAAUAUAUUGCUGAGAAGAGAAUUGUUCAUCGUGAUCUGGCUGCCCGUAAUGUUUUGCUCGAUCAUAAUGGUGUUUGUAAAAUUUGUGAUUUUGGCAUGUCCAUAGAUUUGGAUGCAGAACGCAAACGCAAAGAGCUGGAAAAGAAUUGUGCAAAUGAAAUAAUGCGCAGUAAUUUCAAUAAAUUUAAAUUUGAUUUUGGACAAAAAUUCAUAAUGAAUCAUUGGCAAGGAUCGCCAAAAGAUUGCAGUGAAAAGAAAUCACAUGGACAUGAUACCAUAGGCAAGAGGCCAGCAUUACCCAUUAGAUGGAUGGCACCGGAAGCAUUACAAUAUAAUAUAUUUAGUACCGAAACGGAUAUAUGGGCAUUUGGUAUUGUAUUGUGGGAAAUAGCAACAUUGGGAUCUACGCCUUAUUCCCAAAUAACGGGACGUGAAGUUAUACGUAGAGUACCGCAAGGUUUACGACCCGAUUUACCCAAAGAAGGUCGCCAUGAGUUUUAUAAUUUAAUGUCACGCUGCUGGCAUAAGGAUCCCCAAAUGCGUCCCAGUUUUUGCCAGUGCAGAUUGGAAAUAUCACGUUCUUUACACAAAUGGGUUGAUGAUGAUUCAGCCGCCUCGGAUUAUAUGGAUGUUAGUGGUUUUAGUGAAGAUCUCGAACAGGGCAUGGUCUAUUUUAAUCAUCGUAUAUCAGAGUUCGAAUGUGAAAUAUGACAUUAGGAGAACUGAUCCCCGCAUCCCCCUCUCUCUCUCUCUCUCUCACUCUUUAUAGUUCUGCAUAAAUGCUUUAAUCUAUAUCACUUUAUCACUUUAUUCUAUAUAAUUCUUCACCCCUUUAACCCUCAUUUUCAUCAAGUGCUCUUAGCAGUAUUAUUUUUAAAAUUUUUCUUAUAUUUUGGUUUUCUUGGCUUUUAAAGUGCUAAAAAUUAUUUUGUAUAAAGAAAUUCGAUUUUUUUGUGAAAAAGGUGCUUUAA